CUUUGUUUUUAGUCAUUUUUGUAGGCUAUGUAUCACAUUGUGAAUUUUUCGGAAUGCAAUGAAGUUGAGUUGGUACCAUCCAAUUGGGUAUCCAAUGGAGUUUGUGCUUGGCCACCAUAUAAAACUGGAGAUAUCCAUAAGGCUAUAAUAAAUAAAGAGCAGCCCAAAGAAAACUGGAAAUCAUUUAAGGUUGAGGUUAUGUACACAACAGAUAAUUACAGAACUGCAAGACUGAAGCUUCCAGUUGCCGAAAGACACUCAGAUUUGCAGACAGCAGAAGAUGAAGAAGACAAUGAAAUUCCAAAAAGGACAAAAAGAAGGAAAAUAGCAAACACAAGAUUUGAUAGUGAUAGUGACGGUGAUGUCUGUAGCAAACCCAAAAGCCAUCUACCUCCACCACCCAAGAUAACCCCUCCUCAAAAAUGUUCAAAAUCAACCGCCAAGAUGUCUGCUGACCAUGGAGAACUUGGACGAAAUGCAAAAUCAAUGUGCAGGAUGCAUCAACCUGACAGUGUUCAGCUACAUUCAGAAUGUAGUUCCACUGAAUGUGGAAGAUGCAGUCAAGAAAGGAAAAGCCUGAGAAAUGAUUACAGAAAUCAAAGUGCAUCUACAGUGGAAGAGCACCUAACCCCAGAGUGUGUGGAAAUUGCAGAUACGCUUUAG